UCCAAUCCAAUCCACAGCAAUGGCGGCAGAAGUCAUGAGCUAAGUGCGAAAGCAAACAUUUCCAACAACUUUUAGUCGUAUUCUCAUUGCUUUAAUCACCGAUUUGAAGAGGAGCGAAAAUACUAGCUGUCAGUCAAUUCGCGAAGUGAACAGCGGAUGCUAGCCGUCAUGUCUUUUGCCUCCAGAAAUGCUUGGUUUUUGCAAGUUGAGUUUCAAAAGCAGCUAACGAAGGCUUGCAGACGGUGUUUGCAUGCGUCUUCGUGCUGGCGAGCUAAACUCAAGUUUCGAGAUCCAGACGAAGAGAAGAAAUUACCGGUGUUCCAGUAUGCCACGGAAAGAAGCAAGCGCAGGAAGCGGGUUUAUUUGUGGGGAGCUUCGCUCACCGGAGCUCUCGGCCACGACAAGUUGGUCAGACCCGGUCCGGAUAUUAAACCGAGGGAAUGCACACACAAGCCGUACAAAACACUUUUCGCAGAAGUGUACCAGGUUUCCGACGUGGCAUGUGGUUAUGGCUUCACGGUGUUUGCGGCGACAGCUGACAAGGUGAAGAAUGACAACAUUCUCUUUGGAACUGGCCUCAACACUGAUUCCCAGUUGGGAUUGCAGGAAGCGAGGAAAGGACAUCCACUUGGGAUGUUGACAGAGCCUGUGGGUAUUCCUCUUCCGCUGAGGGACCGCAGUGCGAAGGUACUGCAAGUAGCCUGCGGUAGAGCUCACACCGUCGUUCUCACAGACAAGGACGGAGUGUUCACCCUCGGCAACAAUUCCUUUGGGCAGUGUGGCCGACCUGUCGUCACAGGUGAGGACUACAUAAGCAACCCGCUGGUGCAUAAGGUUCGCGAUAUUCCCGGGAAAAUAGUCCAGGUAGAGUGUGGUCAAGACCACACCUUAUUCCUCACGUCUGACGGUGAAGUGUAUUCCUGUGGAUGGGGCGCAGACGGACAGACCGCAGGACUGGGUCACGAUCGCAGCCAGGGUGUUCCUCAGCGAGUUCUGGGUGACGUUCAGGGUGAGAAGAUCUGCCGAGUGGCCACACGCGUCGACUGUAAUCUCGCCAUUUCGGAGAAGGGAGAACUGUUCGGGUGGGGGAAUUCAGAAUACGGGCAGUUCAGCGCAGUGACGAACAGUCAGCAGCUAACAAAAGCCGUACACCUCAAGUUUCCCCAUGGCCCAGUCCGAUGGGCAACCAGUAGCGGUACGGCGUGCGCCGUUGUCAAUGAAAAUGGCGAGGUGUUCGUGUGGGGAUUCGGCCUCCUGGGCGCUGGCCCGAAGGCCGUGCAUUCCAAGGAACCCAUUCGGCUUCCACAACCGCUAUUCAGGAACGAGCCCGUCCGGCAAAUAUAUUCCACCAUCAACGAGUUUGCCGCCAUCACAGAACGUGGUGAUCUCUACACAUGGGGACAGAACAUGAAAGGGUGCUUAGGCAUUGGACACACACGGCCCCAAUACUUUCCAUUUCGGGUGAGCAUUGUGGCUGAAGUACUUAAAGUGAGCUGCGGAAACGAUCAUAUGGCCGCCCUCUGUAGGUCGUACUGCUAACUCAAGUGUUGUCAAGGUGUACAGGAUGAUCGUUGUGUGCUAGUCGUCUGCUGUUGCCUGCACAUAAAAGUUUUUUGAGAACUGAAA